AUGGGCCCGGACCGGGGGCCGCCGCCGCUGCCGCUGCUGCUGUUGCUGCUGGGGGCCGUGCGGGUCUUCUCGGCGGGGACUGUGUCCGCCCGUGAAGUAGGCAGCGCAGCUGAAGCUGAAGAACUAGUGAAGAGUGGCCUGGCAUGGCAGCCGCGUGGCAACGAGACGCGGGAGGAGGUGGGCCUGCCAGCUGCUGAGGAGGAUGAUAACACGUGGAGUGUGCCAGGUGCCCCUGAAACCGGGUUCGGGCCUGAGGAGGAGCCCAAGGCUUCUGCUGCAGUCACCAGCACUGCCUGGCUGGAGCCCGACAGUGCAGGCCUUGGCGGAGUGACCGCAGAGGCAGGUAGCGGUGAUGCCCAGGCCCUGCCAGCCACCCUCCCAGCCCCCAUCGACAACCUGGAGCAGUCAACGGUGCCCCCCAGCCCCCUUGAGGCUGCCGAAGCCAAGGCAUUGCCUUCCCCCACCACUGCCCACCAGCUGAGCCCAGGCCCUGAACUCCCCAAGGAGAGCCCCUUGGAGGUCUGGCUGAACCUGGGCAGCAACACCCCUGAUCCACAAGAGCCAGGGCCCACUGAGCCCCUUCCAGGCACCCUAGAGCCCCAGCCAGCCUCAGAGAUCAUCGACAUCGACUAUUUUGAAGGACUGGAUGGUGAGGGUCGUGGUGUAGACCUGGGGAGCUUUCCAGGGUCACCAGGAACCUCAGACCACCACCCUGAUGUGGAGGGAGAGACUCCUUCCUGGAGCCUGCUUGACCUGUAUGACGACUUCACCCCCUUUGAUGAAUCUGAUUUCUACCCCACCACGUCCUUCUAUGACGACUUGGAAGAAGAGGAGGAGGAAGAGGAUGACAAGGAUGCUGUGGGAGGCGGAGACCUAGAAGAUGAAAAUGACCUUCUGCCCACAGAGAAGCCCGGCACAGGGCCGGGAAUAGGCCAGCCCACCAGUCGGUGGCAUGCUGUCCCUCCACAGCACACCCUGGGGCUGGUCCCUGGCAGCAGUAUCGCUGUCAGGCCCCGCCCAGGAGAGCCAGGCAAGGACCUGGCCUCCAGUGAAAAUGGCACCUUGUGCCGCAGCGGUUUUGUGCGCCACAACGGCUCCUGCCGGUCUGUGUGUGACCUCUUCCCCAGCUACUGUCACAAUGGUGGCCAGUGCUACCUGGUGGAGAACAUAGGGGCCUUCUGCAGGUGCAACACGCAGGACUACAUCUGGCACAAGGGCAUGCGCUGCGAGUCCAUCAUCACUGACUUCCAGGUGAUGUGCGUGGCCAUAGGCUCCGCAGCGCUCGUGCUUCUCCUUCUCUUCAUGAUGACUGUGUUCUUCGCCAAGAAGCUCUAUCUGCUCAAGACGGAGAAUACCAAGCUGCGGAGGACCAACAAGUUCCGGACUCCGUCUGAGCUCCACAACGACAACUUCUCGCUCUCCACCAUUGCCGAGGGCUCUCACCCAAAUGAUGAUCCCAGUGCUCCCCACAAAAUCCAGGAAGUCCUCAAGUCCUGCCUGAAAGAGGAGGAGCCCUUUAACAUCCAGAACUCCAUGUCACCCAAGCUCGAGGGUGGCAAAGGGGACCAGGUGGACCUGGACGUGAACUGUCUUCAGAAUAACUUAACCUAAAGCCGGGCAAGAAGGUGGCGGUGGGGGUGGGGGCGGGGAAGACGCAGUUGCUCCUCUGGUACAGAGUCUAUUUCUUGUAACCAUUUGUUAAACUCUUCCUUUUCUGAUCUCAUGGCAUGCUUUGAUGUUUUUUGUACAGGAG